AGGAGACAGAGAUCAUGGAGGAGAUGUUUUCUUCUCGCCCUCCUGCUACAGGGGUUAACCAAGAGGGGUGGCAGACAAAGCUAGAAAACCUGGGCCCAGGUGCAUUCCCAACACUCAGGAAUCUCACUUCUAAUGAGAUCCUUAUGAUUUGGGACAGUGUGUCUGAAUGCAUUAGAGAGCACUUGGCACAGGAGAGGGGCGUCCAGCUCUUAGGAAUCGGCACAUUCUAUGUUCUUAAAGACUUCACAUGCACUGUGAACAGCAAGGAUUCGAUUGUUUGCAGACCUGUGUUUCGUAUGUCCAAGGUGAUUGCAGAUGAAUGCAACCUCAGCUAUGCUAAAGAAGACGUUCCUGCUGAUGUAACCAUUGUCCCUCUGAGGUGUGAGGAGCUCUCCGUGUGUGCGCAGCUACCUUUUACAACCGUACAGUGUUGUGUGUAUGAGACUGCAGCAUCAUUCUUUCGGGCUACUUGUAAGAGACAGAACACGGACUUUGUCUUCAAGGCCAUUGGCAUUCUCUCCAUACGAAACAGAGAGGUCACUAUGAGAUUUUUUGAGGAAUUUCUCCUCACUGUGGAUAUCACUGGCAAGUUGCUGGAAGCCCUUCUCAGUACGCCAGGGAGGAGAUAUCUGGUCGUAUUGGGUGGAGAAAGUCCUGAUUUUCGCGUGGAUCCUGGUGGUGUCUUUGUCUUGCCACAGUUUGAUUUUACAUUUCCCUCUGAGAAAGAAACUGUGAAGUGUCCCUCUGUAGGACCUCUGAAGACAGCAGAAGACAGGAAGAAUGAGAAGGACAAGGACAAGGACAAGGAGGAGAAGGAGAAAGAAAAGGAGGAGAAGGAGAAAGAAAAAGAGGAGAAGGAGAAAAAGGAGGAGAAGGAGAAAGAGAAGGAGACGGAGGAAGAAGAGGGUGAUAAGCAAAUUGAGACCAACGUUCCAGAGAGUCCUUCUACUGAAUGCCUCCUGUCUCGAAGAAGGUGGUCUCGGUCUCCAUCCACACUCUCUGGCCUGAAGAAAGGAAAGGGGCAGAAAGGCAAGGAAAAACGGUCACCUAGCAGCUUUCUGCCAAGAAUUCAGGAGCUGGAGGAGAACGUUGGCAAGCACAAGCAAACUCUCAGUGUCAGACCUCAAACAUCACUUCCCAUUUUCAGAAGCAAGAAGAGGAUAUCCCUGUCACACCAGGAAACUAGUCUGCAGACUAGGUGGUCUCAUGAAACACUGACAGAGAUUCCAUCACACUCACCACUGUCACUGACUGGGAAAGAGGAGAGGACUGCUCCCUCCCUGACCAAAGCCAUGGUGAAAAGGGGCCUGAAGAGCCCACGGGAGCUACUCAGACUGAAUGUGCUCACCAACCUCAACUGGAGAAACCUGAGGAGCAGCACCAGCUGCUCGAGGUGUGAAGGACUUCAGACCCUGAGCUCUGAGGCUGGCAGCCAGCUUUCCGUGCGAGCAAACUACACCUUGCAACUCCUGAAGACUUACCACAUCCGUCGGAAAGAGUGGAGCAAGAGAGUAGAGCUGAAUUGGCAGAGGAAUUUCGAUCAGAAUCAGCUAGUCUGCAUUGGGCGGCAGAUGAUUCUCAGGGAUCCAAGGGAAAGGUAUCUGGACUUCUGGCAGAACAGAGAACACAUGAAUAUGAUGGAGAAGUCUGCAGACAUGGCCAUCGGCCACCUCCCAAAACCUGCCAGGACCUGA